UGCACUUGGAGCAGCCAAAGGAAAGACUUUCCGCAGCUGACGUCAGGCAUACCUCACUAAACAGUGCGGCCCACUAGCGGUGAGCAGGGAGCUGCUUCGGAGGAUAUGUGGAGCAAUCGUGGAAGAGGACUCCAGUCCGACCUUGUCUGGCGCACAGUCCCGCGUCUGGUUUGUGCGUAAGGCUGCUAAAACACUUGGCCGCCUUUAAAACCCCUUCAGGCGUGAACAACUUUGGCUUUCAUUCAUAUUUUUUUUUUAAUCGCAACACAUCCACGUCUGGGUGAUGUGCACAGAAAUAGAACAACACUACUCCCAACCUCUUCCGCAUAUUGGAUUUCUAUGCAAAGAGAAGGUCGCCAGUGUCCCUCCAAGGAUUCGGGAAAUGAAGACUGCUGCUGACACGGAACCAGCCUGUUUUGACUUCUAGUGCGUGUUUCUGUGCAGUUUUUUUUCAAGGGAUUUUCCCCGAGUUCACGAGUAAAGUAUCUCCUCUCUGUGUGGGAUCAUUCGCUGCAUUACCUAUUCGAAUACAACCCCAGCUUUUUGGACGAGCCUGUGCAGAGCAUUGUACAGUGCACACAUUUGGUCAAAAUGCAUUUUAUUUAGGAUAACCACUGGAUAUACAAAGUGCCAAAUUUGAGCCGGAAUGGCGAACGAGUAUAAUCGCAAUAUUGUGGAAAAGUAUAUCUGCCAUAAACUCUCCAAGCGGGGGUACGUGUGGGGAUUUCGCGUUGUCCAAGAAGAAGAUGCUGCUAAUAACGGAUCGAUAACUGACCCUCCACCGACUUUGGUCCACCGGUGCCGAGAAGCCAGCACCGGGCCUGACGGCGAGAGCAACACCCACCUCUGCAGACGGCUCCCACAGUCCGACCCACACGCAGGCAUCCACAGAGUCCUGCGCGAGGCUGGAGAUGAACUUGAAAGACUGUACCAGCCGGACUUCACGGAGAUGUCGCGGCAGCUGCAUCUCACCUCCGCCACGGCGCAGAGGAGGUUCGCCGACGUGAUAGACGAACUGUUCCGGGACGGGGUGAACUGGGGCCGGAUUAUUGCUUUCUUCGAGUUUGGGGGCACUGUGUGCGUGGAGUGCGCUUCCAACGAGGGGAUGUCAUCCCAGGUGGACAACAUCGCAGACUGGAUGACGGAGUAUUUAAAUGGACCUCUUAACAGCUGGAUACAAGAUAACGGGGGAUGGGUAUGUCUGAUUCCGUGUAGUUGAGCGCUUUGCAGCAGUGUGCCAAGGGGUCGCAAAAGUCCUCUUUUAACUGUGAUUAAAAGGAAUUUCAGUGAGUGAGUUCGGUCAGUGUAGGCCUACAUGCUUGAUUGAGCUGAAAAGUACAUUUUGAUCUGGCUUAACGGGGCUCAAUAUCGAAACCACAUGUGUAGCUGAUCAUUAAAAAAAGAAAAGUCCCUUUUAGGGUGAUCUCGUGACGCACGUCAGGCAGCGAGCGAGAUGAACGGCUUUACUUUACUUGCUCUAACUGGCUGAUCUCGUUGACUGUUAAACUUACUCGACCAAUCAAACAGCGGUUUCUCUAUCACACCUCCCGACGCGUCUCUAUAAAAAACCCGCCCUGUCAACUGUAGAAGCAGAGGAAGACGCGCAGCUGUCAUUGGAGCACAGAGGUUAUUAUCUAAGGGGAAGUAAAAGCUUAGUUAUAAAAAGAAACAGGAUUCUGUGUGUGGUGUUGGAGAGAGAAGGCAUUUCACCAUCCACCUGUAUCUGAAUCUUCAUGCAGGAAAGUGCUUCAGUCCCGCUGUCACGUGAGGCAUUGCAGGCCCUCAUUCUUGCAGAAGGGAGGAGGUCAGACACAUGUCAGCAAAGAGCAAACUAUUGAAUUAAUGUGUUUAGGCCUCUGGGCAUAACUGGACAGGGUUCAGCUUAUCAGAGGCCCUUUUUUGGCACAACACACACCUGGCUGAAUGCAUGGCCACACUGAAUCUGAAACAAGCAUGCAUUGUCAUAUUAAUUUUCAGGUUUUUAUUACAGCAGUAGCCACCAAAACUGACUUGCAAUGAAUUAACCUUUAAUUAUCCGAGGUGCUCUUAAUGAGAGCAUAACGUUUGCACUGCCUGGUUAUCUUAGCUGGAAGGUAUCAUAAAAACGGGGCGUGUGUUGAGUGGGCUUAUCAAUGAUUCAUAUCGAAUGUUUCAUCUCAAAGGAUUAGACCGUUUAACAUUCCCCUUGAGUCUGCCUUGCCCCUGGAGGUGGCAGGUUGUGCCACAUAUCAAAGGGAGGCAACAGAGGGAGGGCCCUCCAAGAACACAGAGUGCUAAUCUACAGCCACUGUGUUUAACAUGCCGUCCUCUGUUUGCAUCUUGGUUG